GUCUUCAUUUCACUGCGAGAGGAGAAAAGGAGAGAGAUCUAACAAGAUUCAAACUCAGAUUUUCCCGAUGCUUUCCAAUUGCAGCAGGAGCCCAGCGCAGGACGGCGAGCUGGACCCACCGGGCGACGACAAACGAACAGACCGCAAGAGGAUAUGUGAAGUUCCUGCUAAACUAAUGCUGUGAAGUGGCUCUCUCGCUGGAGCCGACACUUCAUCUCCCCUGGUGUCGGCGAGGAUGCUGUGGGUUACCUUGCUGAGCACCAUAGCCCUAGGAUGGAGCACCCCAAUCCCACUUCUGGAAGACUCGGAGGAGAUCGACGAGCCCUGCUUCGAGCCGUGCUACUGCGAGGUCAAAGAGGGCAUCUUUCACGUCCACUGCGACAACAAAGGAUUUACAAAUGUCAGCCAGAUCUCCCAGAUAUGGAGUCGGCCCUUCAAACUCAACCUGCAGAGGAAUUCCAUGAGGAAGCUCUACUUUAACAGCUUCCUCCAUCUGAACAAUGCCAUAUCCAUAAACUUGGGUAAUAAUGCAUUGCAAGAUAUACACGCUGGGGCUUUCAAUGGCUUAGGAAUACUCAAACGGCUAUUUUUGCACGAGAACAAGUUGGAAGUUUUUCGGAAUGACACUUUUCUUGGUUUAGAGAGCUUAGAAUAUCUCCAAGCGGACUACAAUGUUAUCAAAAGGAUUGAGAGCGGUGCGUUCAGACACCUUCACAAACUACGGGUGCUGAUUUUGAAUGACAAUCUGAUUCCAGUGCUGCCCAACUACCUGUUCCGCUCCGUAUCUCUCACGCAUCUGGACCUGAGAGGAAACAGGUUAAAGACGUUACCGUAUAAGGGCAUGCUGGAGUAUAUUGGGCGGAGCUUGAUGGAAAUCCAGCUUGAGGAGAAUCCAUGGAACUGUGUGUGUGAGAUAGUUCAGUUGAAAACGUGGCUGGAGAGAAUUCCGUAUACUGCGUUAGUGGGCGAGAUCACGUGCGAAUAUCCGUUCCACCUGCACGGGAAAGACUUGCGAGAGAUCAAACGCAGCGAGCUCUGUCCCCUGCUAUCGGAUGCGGAAAUCGAAGCUAAACUUGGAAUUCCGCGCAUCCACUUCAGCAAUGAAAAUACAUGGCCUACAAAACCGUCGUCCAUGCUGUCGUCAUUCCACAACACGGCAUCGUCUGUGGAAUACCGGGAAAGGACGGCCAAGCCCACCAGACGACCCCCCAAAGCCACAAAGAACCCGCCCACCCCACGUAGCAUCUAUCCGGGUUUAAAUCAACCUCCCAUAGCUGGCUACCAAACGAGACCGCCCAUUCCAAUCAUAUGCCCGUCCGGAUGCAUUUGCAAUCUUCACAUCAAUGACUUGGGGCUAACAGUAAAUUGCAAAGAAAAAGGCUUUCACAAUAUUUCCGAGCUCCUCCCAAGGCCGUUAAAUGCCAAGAAGUUAUAUCUAAGCGGGAAUCUAAUCCAGAAAAUCUACCGUUCCGAUUUUUGGAACUUCUCAAGUUUGGAUUUAUUGCAUUUGGGGAAUAAUCGUAUCUCUUAUGUACAAGAGGGGGCCUUUAUCAAUCUGCCCAAUCUGAAAAGUUUAUAUUUGAAUGGGAAUGAUAUUGAGAGACUAACUCCAGGGAUGUUUAGGGGGCUCCACAUGUUGAGUUAUCUUUAUUUUGAGUAUAAUGUCAUCCGUGAGAUCCAACCUAACUCCUUCUCCCUGAUGCCCUCCCUCCAGCUGGUUUUUCUUAAUGACAACCUGCUCCGGACCCUCCCCGCUGAUGUUUUCGCUGGCACCAAUCUUGCACGUCUCAACCUCCGUAAUAACUACUUCCUAUCCCUGCCCGUGCGUGGCGUUCUGGAGCACCUCACCUCCCUGGUUCAAAUCGACCUGCACCAGAACCCCUGGGAGUGCUCCUGUGACAUCAUCCCCCUGAAGCAGUGGGUGGAAAAGCUGUCCUCAGUUAUUGUGGUGGGUGACGUCAUCUGUAAAACUCCAGAGUUUGCUUUUGGCAAGGACCUCCGCUCCCUGGAGGUGGAGGUGCUGUGCCCUGAGCUCAAGUUAUCCGGGCCCUCGCCUGUUCUACCGGGGGACGAUGUGAGUGGAGGGGGCUCUAACAUGGGAGAGGCGGGAGCCAGGGGAGCUGUGCCUCUGUCUGUCCUUAUCCUCAGCCUGCUCAUUCUUUUUAUCUCGGCUGUGUUCGUGGCUGCUGGGCUUUUUGCUUUUGUCCUCCGCCGCAGGAAGAAGCUGCCCUUUAGGAAGCGUUCAGAGGUGGAUCUGACAGGGAUUCAAAUGCAGUGCCGGAUAUUUGAGGAUCCGCCAAGGCCAAGUAGUGCGGGAAACAUCGCCACACCGGAGAAGCCCACUCCUACAUUACACACUCACAGUAGUCACUCUCAUGCCCAUGGGCACGUCUAUGACUACAUCCCCCACCCGGUUACUCAGAUGUGCAACAACCCCAUCUACAAGCCCCGCGAGGGGGAAAUCGCAGAGGAGGGCCGGCAGUUUACCGAGAAGAAAGACAGUGGCAGCAGUAGCAACAAUUACAGAACCUUAUUAGAGAAAGAGAGAGAGUGGACCUUGGCCGUGUCCAACUCUCAGCUCAACACCAUCGUCACAGUGAACCACAGCACUGCUGAGAUGGCAGGGUUCCACGAGAAUGGAGGGCUGUGCCCCACUGUCAUCGACAGUCAGAGGCCCACCCCCACUGUGGGCUUCGUAGACUGUCUAUAUGGGACCGUGCCCAAACUAAAGGACAUGCAUGUGGCGCAUGCGCACCCACCAGGCAUGCAGUACCCAGACUUACAACAGGAUGCACGACUGAAGGAGACGUUGCUUUUCACGGCGGGGAAAGGCUGCUACCCCGAUCCGUCCCAAAGCGAUUACCUCGAGUUAAGGGCCAAACUUCAGACCAAGCCGGAUUACCUCGAAGUCUUGGAAAAAUCGUAUCGGUUUUAACAUGUUUAGCCAAUGGGAAAAACAACUUUUCCACCAUCAAAAGAAGUGACCCAAAACAAAAAAGCAGCAUGAAAAUAAAUGAAAUAUUGUAUUACAGUUACAAGUUUCCCCCCAAAUUUCUUUGGUGGAGAGGCCAUUCUCAGAUAUUUCAAUGAAGUGCCUUUUUUCAGAGUAGCCAGCAAUGUCAACAACCGUUAUUUUUCUAAUACAGUAUAUAAAUAUCUCUAUAUGCUCCAGUGAGAGCCACAUAUGUAUACGAGGGUAAAGCUGUGUGUGAGUAAAGCCUUGUGUGGUGACAGCAGACACACAGGAGCAGGACGUCUCCUUGACUUGUGCUGGUGUUUGUGGAUGUAGCCUACACACAGAGAGAAGGGGACUGCAGUGUGCUGCAUGCACUCGCUCCUGAGGCCGGGGGGAUUACAGAGGACUACCACGUCACAUACGAACAGAUACACUGCUGUGUUCUAUUUAAUUUUUAUAUCUUAUUAAUAUGGUUAUUACUCUUAACAAAGACUUGUGUCUAUAUCAGGGUGCUUCUGGUAAAGGACGCGCCGACGCACGGAUGGUAAAACAUUUGUGAAUAUUAUUAUAAGACAACACUCAAGGUUUUCUGGAUACCCAUGCACUUUGUUAAGAUCCCCCUUUCCCAUUCGCUUCUGCAUUCCCCAUUGUCACCCACUAACGGCUUUGUAGGAGGCACUUUUAAUGUUUUCUCUCACAAAGAUUUGAAGAAAAAUGUGAAUAUAUUUAUUCUGUAAUUUCAGUGAAGAAUUUAAUUGUAAAAGGUAAUGUUAAAUCAAUGUAUAGUGAUUAUGCGUCUGGUAUAGCCUUCUUAAUAAAAACAAAGUCUUCAAUCAAAACAACACAAGAGGUUUUGAAGCCACGGAAACUUGUGUGUUGGCACAUUGUCUGUUCUGGUGCACUGUUGGCAGUCAGGCAGAGCUGCAGAGACCAAUAGAGACGAGUCCAGGGCAAUAACUUGUUAAUCAGCGAAGCACCUUGUUAUUUUGGCAGUUUUUAGACUCGAGCUAGUCCGUCCCAUCACCACAUGUUUAGUUAAGACUGCACAGCAUUUCUGUUUGGUGGAUGGUUCUACGAGACACAGGAGGCAAAGUGGGUCAUGCUGUGAUUCUUUAAUUAUAUAAGUAGCUACUGCAAACAUAGACUCAUAAACAACUAUUAGGGAGAGUGAAUGACUGGGAGCGUAGGGUUGCAGUGCUGCACCAGGCCACUAGAGGGGGUUAAAAACGAUUUGAUUUUGUUUUCUCCAAUGAUAUCAUAUGAUGCUAUUCAUUUGUUCCUUUGACCCCAACCUGCAAAGCCUGCCAAUGGUAUAUAAACAGUACAAUAUGAU